UUGUGUUUCUGCGCUAAUCCCCGCCCGAUGCAGCCACAAGCAGCACUUCUUCGCACCCGAUCCCCUGACUGGAAUACAGAGGAAGAGGAACAUUUAACCUGAACCAAAUGAAAAUGGAUCAUUUUGACGAUUUGGCCAUGCUAAUUAGCUCUACUUUAACACCAGAGGCACAUGUGAGAGCAUCUGAGGUCUGAAUGUAAAAUGGGAACCCGACAUUUGAUGUUGAAUUCGUUCACACUAGAAACAUGAAGAUUCUGCUCACUUUAUUUCUGCUUCUGUCCUCCGACUUGGUGGAUUUAGUGAUGGGAUAUUUGACAGUCAGUAUCGAGCCUCUCCCGCCUGUGGUCAUGGGAGAUACAGUGACUUUGAAGUGCAAUUUCAGGACUGACGGCAACCUGAGAGAAAUCGUGUGGUUUCGGGUUACUGAAGGGGGUAGCUCGAAGCAGAAAAUCUUUACUUAUGAUGCCAUGUACAACACCAAUUUCUCCCACAUGGAGGACUUUCGCAAAAGAGAAGAUCUUGUUUACCAGUCAACUGUUAGGUUGCCCGAAGUACAGAUGGAAGACAACGGGCCGUAUGAAUGCCACGUGGGAAUCUACGACAGGGCAUCCAGAGAGAAGGUGGUCUUAGCAUCUGGAAGCAUAACGCUUGCUGUUAUGUCACCUCCAAAAUCCAUCUCUCUAAUUGCAGCUGACCAACCGGCACGGUUCAAUCGCUAUGAGGCUCAAAACUUCACACUCAUAUGCAUUGUGACUGGAGGAAAACCCGCUCCUGUGGUGCACUUUAAGAGAGAUGGCGAAAUGAUCGAGGUGCUUCCCUCAGCCCAGCCAUCAGAGGCAGCUCAGAACAGAGGUUUGCGCUCGGCCGAACGCAGCAGGCCAUUGAUUAGCCGAGAGCUUGAUGACACCAAGCGUCAGAAAUCCCUGUCUCACUUGGAGCCAGACAUUGAGCCGAUGAGAUUGGACCGGGCUCGUCCUCGCCACAGCCUCACUCCAGGAGCUCUGGGUCAAGGGAGUGCCAAUCCCACUACUGAGAUCAUCCCAGAGACGGUGGUGAGCAGGGAGUUUCCACGCUGGGUUCUCAGCUCCAGCCCACUCUACUACUUCAACCACACAAAGACUGAGCUCAUAGACAGCACCAUGCAGGUACAGGCCAUGAUCACCUGGCAUCUGAACCCACAGCUCGACAAUGACGCACUGUUUAGCUGUGAGGUCAAGCACCCAGCUCUCUCCAUGCCCAUGCAAGCUGAAGUCACACUCUCUGCUCCAAAGGGACCAAAACUCUCCAUGACUCCAAGCAAAGUAAAAGUGGGAGACACUGUGCGCAUCACCGUGGAGGGAUUCCAAGUGGGAACAAAGGGGAAUGAGGUAUUUCCAGAGCCCUUGUUCACAUGGACGCGUGUCGGUGGACUACUGCUGGAUGGCAGCGCUGAGAGAGAAGGCAAAGUUCUGGUUCUUGAAAGAGUGCCUGCAGAGCUCAACGGCUCCAUGUACCGGUGCACUGCUGAGAAUCCGCUUGGCUCCACCAAUACACACACACGCCUCAUUGUGUUUGAAAAUCCAAGGAUAAAGAAGGAGACACAUCACUUAAAUGUUGCUGACUCGAGUGGACUUGUAUGUGGACCCACACUCACUAUACUGCCGCUGUUACUUAUCCUGGAGUUUACAUGAACAAACACAGAAGAACACAGAUGAUCUUUCCUCUCCCUGACAUCUACAGUUUACCUGACAAGACUGAAUACAGACUAGCUGAACAACGGUUCUGUUCCUGAAUGAAAAACUGUGCAUGUGAGCUACAAUACAUGAAAGUGAAAAAAAUGCCACCUGCCAUCUAGACCAUUGGACCAAUGGACCUGACGUCAGCGUUACCUGCAAGAUCGGACCAGUAGAUGGCAGUAGAGACUUCUAGACACUACAAAUUUGGUUUGAACUGUUAUAAAAGGUUGACUGUACUGUUAUUAAAAUGUGGGUUUUGCUGCUUCAUUAAAAGUGUGUGAAUAAGGAAGACAUUGUGUUGAAGGGGUUUAUAGAGAACACCUUUUCCAAAUAUAAAAAAAUAGACAAAAUUCAUUUCUUUCUAACCUUUAAAGGCGAAAAACAAAACAAAACAAAAAAAAAACACUCUCUGGUCUACAUCAGGAGUUCUCAAAUGUUCAACAGCCACACCUCCUUUUAAUUGUAUACACAUAAUACAAUUCCAUGGACCUUAUGAUAUAUUCCACAGACCCCUUUGGCACAGAUUCAUUUCGUGAAAAUAACCAAACUAUUUAAAUGCUAGGUGAAUCAUAGCUUAUACAACUUUUUAUUCCUUAACUUUGCACAGACAGAACAAUUAAGCUAAAGUUGAUAUUAUUUGUUAGUUAUAAGCAACUUGUUUUCUAGUUACUGUAGUUUGGGAUCAUUUUACAUGGCAAGUCGAAGCUAUUAAUUAGAAGAACUCAGUAAUAAAUAUAACAUUGAUAAGAGUGGGUUGUCAUUUCAUGUAUAACAGAAUUAAAAAAUAAAUCACAGCCUGUGCUUUACA